GACCGCUGGCGCAAUCCCGUGCAUCGCCGACGCCUCUCGCAACCACCGCCCGCGCAGCGUCCCAUAUCGCCUGUCGAUAUCCUCUGCACGAUUUUCCCGCUCGACAGGCUGGCCGGCCAUAAUAUCGAGACGUCGUCCGCCGCUGUCGCGACGUCGUUGCAUCGAUCGCUUAUUAGGGCUUCCCCCCAACAUCUGGGUCUUGGCGUCCGUUCGCCGACCCUGCAUCGAGUGGAAUCUCGUUUCUCUCGUCCCAACACGGCCGUCGCUCCUCGAAAUCGAUCAUGAACCCUCAGGUCAAUAUGCCCGGAAUGGGACCGUCCGCGGGCGGCCCCGUCGGCGGCACACCGAUGAUGAACAAUAAAUCGGCUGCCCCGCGUGGUAACGACUACACGAGCAAGCUCAACACCUACAUCUACGACUACCUCUUAAAACACGAGAAAUACGAUCUGGCGCGCGCAUUCAAAGAGCAGAUGCCCAUCGUGGUCAGCAAUGCGAGCGCCGGUGGCAAGAACGUGAACGGCGUGGACGACAUGGACACCGAUCCCAAAGACGGAGUGAAACGUCCCGACGACCUUCCUCUUCCCAAUGUCCCCUCAUAUAGCCAGGAUUGUUGCUUUCUGUUAGACUGGUGGUGCCAAUUCUGGGACAUCUUCGCCGCCAACCGCGGUGGACAGACCGGAAUGUCGCAAGUCAUGUCGCAGUACCUCAAGCACACUAUGAAUCAAUCGCAGAUGCGGAACGACGCUACGAAUAAACUCCUGCGACAAGGCGAGGGCGGCCCCAACGGCAUGAUGAUGAAUCGCCAAAUGAUGAUGAACCUGCCUGGCCGACAGGGGAUGACGGUGGCCGACAUGCAGAGGCAAGCGAUUGCUCGCGGAGCUAAUCCCCAGCAGCUCCAGCAGAUGAAGAACAUGCAGGGACAACCGAUGAUGCCGCAGAACAUGCGCCGAGACGGCUCGGGUAUGGACAUGGGCCAACAGCGCCCACAGUCUCCGAGCUCGGGGGACAACGCCCCGUCUCCGAAACGUCCUCGCAUCGAUGGGAAUAACUUCAACCCGCAGCAGAUGGGCCCCGGGGGUCGUCCGCAAGGGAUGCCGGGCCAGGUCAACAUGACGGGUCCGAACGGACAGAUGCUCUUGCAGAGCGGUCUGCCAGCCGAUCUCACUCAGCAACAGAUGCAACAAUUUGCGAAUGCCAAUGGAAUGCAACCGAAGCUCGAGGGUAUGCCCCCAGGUAUGAUGCCCCAGAUGGGUGAUGGAUCUGCUAUGGGCGAUGCGAGCCAGAUGCAAGCCGGAGCCCAGGGUAAUCACGCGCUGCACGACUACCAAAUGCAACUCAUGCUCUUGGAACAGCAGAAUAAGCGACGAUUGUUGAUGGCGCGGCAAGAGCAAGAGGCCGGAGCUCAAGGCUUCGUCGGGGCACCAUCCAUGUCACCAUCAGGGAGCCGAGCCGGAGGUCCGUCACCGAAUCCGAACGAUCAGAUGAAGCGAGGCACCCCCAAGCUCCAUCAACAGGGCCUCCCCGGAUCCCCCAUGCCAGACGGUAUGGCUCCGAACCGAGGGUCUCCAGCGUCGAACUUCGAUCCGAGCCAGAUGCCUCAAGGGAUGCAACCGCAAUUCUACCAACAAAUGGGCGGCCCGAUGAUGCGCCCACCGAGCUCCAUGCCGCCGCAGUUCAACAACCCCCAGCAGAUGGAAACGAUCCGCCAAAACGGCGGUCGAAUCCCGAACAUCCCCAACGGCUGGCAAGGGAACCCGAUGCGCCAAGGUGGUCCGCAGCCACAAGGACAACCGCAAGGCCAAGGACAACCGCAAGGGCAGCAGAUGCCGCAGACCACGAAUGGGCCGCCGGUUCCGAUAGGUACCCCGCAGCAAAGGGGCAACAACAUGGGACCCCCACCCGCUCCGGCCUCCGGCGAACCGCCACAGCGCACCCAGCCAUCUUCGCCAUCCCAGAACUCGACCGCGGCGCCGCCCACGCCAUCGCAGACCACCAAGGCCAACCCGAAGAAGAAGGAGAAGCGGGAGGGCACAAAGAAAGGGGCCAAGAAAGCGGCCGCCGCAGCCGCCACGCCGGCAACUGAACCCGAGGCGCCGACCCCGACGCCCUCCACCCCCAUCACGCCCAUGCACUCGAACACGUUCAAAAACGGCGGGCCCCAGCCGCCCGCCAACGCGCAGGCCGCGCCGGCGCCGAACUCCGCCGCGGUUCAGCAGCCGGUGCAGCCGCAGAUGGACAAUGGGACGUUCGAUCUCACCGGUGGGGCUUCCGAGUUCAGCCUCGAACUCAUCCCCGACCUCAACCACGACGACGUACUCGAGCACUUCGACUUCGACUCCUUCUUGCAGACGGACGGGGACACGGGGAUGCCGUUCGACACGCUGGGGUUCCCCGACGGCGUCGAGGCCGGCAUGGGCGAGAUGUAAUGGACGGCGAACGGAAAAUCAUUGGGAAAACAUUGGGUUUCGACGGGUUCCGCGUUGCAUCUCACUUUUGCUUUUCAAACGAACGACGAUCUACCACGGUCAUCCUCUCGAGUUUACGGCGGCGGGCGGUUUUAACGGUGGCGUACAGUGAAGGUCUUUCUCGCAUUGGUCCUUAACCACUUUUUCAUAUCCGCACGACAUUUCCGUACUUACCAUAUUAUCCUAUUCCCCGGUUUCGACAUAUUUUUGGGGGGGGCAGGCGUUUUUCGGGCGCGAAUUUUGUAUUUUUUUGCCCACGUUUCUUUUUAUCUGGACGACUAUCUAUCUCCGUCAC